CAAUCUAAAUCUAAACACCCAAAAAUAUGGAAGAGGAAGCCAAGAAUUUCUUCAAAGCAUGGUUAGUUGUUUUUGCAUCUCUUUCUUACUCUUAUUUUAUAGCCUCUAAGAUCCCCAAAGGUAUUCUUCGUUUCAUUUCUCUCUUACCCAUUUUCUAUCUCUUUUUUCUUCUCCCACUUUCUAUUUAUAGACCAAUCCCAAAUAUAAUCCUUAGUGGUUUUAUCACAUGGAUCGCCAACUCAAGACUCUUAUUGUACUCCUUCAAUCUUGGCCCUUUAUCAUCGAAUCAAUCACAUUCUUCAUUCCUUAGAUUCAUCUUUUUUGGGGCUUUCCCCAUCAAAGUCAAAGAAAAUACAUCAAAUGAUCAAAAGGAUGGUUUAGUAAAUUCAUACAAUAAAGUAUUACCCUUGAAUUUUUGGUCAAAAAUUAUCAUUUUUGUGAUUUUGGAAGCUAUUUAUAAAUACAACAAGAGUAUGAUCAUACUUUGUUGUUUGAUGUAUUUGUUCAUUGAUAUUGUUUUUGGUGUAUGUGAUCUAAUUGUGGAGUCCACACUUGGGUUGGAGCUAGAAUCACCGUCCGAUGAGCCUUACCUAUCUACAUCAUUGCAAAAUUUUUGGGGGAGGAGGUGGAACCGCAUAAUAUCAGAUACACUGCGUCACACCGUAUACUUACCCGUUAAGUCAACGGCAGUCAAAUUUGUUGGUCGUAGAUGGGCUUCAUUGUCAGGUGUCAUGGCUUCAUUUGUUGUCUCUGGUUUGAUGCACGAGCUCAUCUACUAUAACGUGACACGUGUGACUCCCACAUGGGAAGUCACGUGGUUUUUUGUCUUGCAUGGAGUAUGUGUUGUUUUGGAGAUGGUGGUAAAGAGAAGUUUGGGCCAGAAAUGGAGGUUACAUUGGGCUAUUUCUGGCCCGUUAACGGUUGGGUUAGUGAUGGGUACCGGGUUUUGGCUCUUCUUUCCUCAGUUAAUGAGAAAUCAUGUUGACGUUAAAGCAACUGAAGACAUUAUGUGCUUGGGAAAUUAUUUUAAAGAAAUUAUUAUGAAGAUAAAAAAUGAAUUUGUUAUUUAUUAAUUUUUAUUUGAUUAAUUCAUUAAAGUGUUUCAUUAUUGUCAAAAGAUUUGUAAUAAUGCCAAAAAAAAGUUUCUUAUAUUGAUGAGU